AUGAGAAAGAAGAUGCUGUGUAAUAAAAAGGUUUUUAUCGUCCUUGAUGAUGUGGAUAGUGACGAGCAACUAACGGCAUUAGCAAGGGAUCGAAAAUGGUUUGGUCCAGGGAGUAGGAUGAUCAUAACAUGCAGAGAUAGUCAUCUAUUGAGAACACAUGAAGUGAAUCAUAUCUAUAAGGUUGAGCAACUUGAAACAACAAAAGCUUUGCAACUCUUUAGUUUGUCAGCCUUCAAGAAAACCCAUCCACUAGAGGAUUACAAGGAUCUAUCUAUGGAUUUUGUAAUAUAUGCUCAAGGCCUUCCUUUAGCUCUUAAAGUUCUGGGUUCCUUCUUAUAUGAGAGAGAAAUAGAUGCAUGGAAAAGUGAGAAAGAUAAACUAAAAGCAAUUCCUAAUCCAAAAAUUAUGGACGCACUUCAAAUAAGUUUUGAUGGGCUACAGGAAUUGGAAAAAGACUUAUUUUUGGAUAUGGCGUGUUUGUUCCGAGCACACCAUGUGGUGGAUAGCAUAUUUUAUGAGAUGUUAGAAAGUUUUGGUCAUUAUCGCAUCGACAUUGAUGUUCUCGUUGAGAAGUCCCUCAUAAGCAAAUCAGAAUAUGGAUGGUUGUCCAUGCAUGAUUUGCUAAAAGAAAUGGGCCAAGAAAUAGUUCGCCGUGAAUGCCCUCAAGAACCAGGACAACGUAGUAGACUGUUUUGUUUGGAGGAUCUCUAUCAAGUACUGAAGAAGGAUACUGGAACUUAUGCAAUUAAAGACAAUUUGAAGGAAUUUGAUCUGACUUAUUCCGAGAACUUGAUUGAAACACCAAAUUUGACAGGAGUCCCAAAUCUUGAGAAAAUAAUUCUUACAGGUUGUAGAAGCUUGUGUGAGGUCCACCCAUCCAUUGGAAGUCUCAAACGAUUAAAACAAUUGGUACUUGACGAAUGUUCAAGCCUUGAGAAGUUACCAAACCUGAGUAGGUUGGAAUGCCUGACAGAGUUUUGGGCACACGAAACUGCUAUAACACAAAUACCAUCUAUCAAUCUAAUCCCCAAGAGCAUCUGUUCCUUUAGACUCAAAGGACGCAAGUUGAUGAGAGAUCCCAACUAUGAUAUCGGACCACUUGUAGGAUAUCAGAUGUAG